CUUCCCUACCAGCGUGAAAAAAUGAAGAAAGAGAUUCUCCUACUUCUCUCUACAAUUCCAGCGUAUUGACUUCCGAAAAUGGAAUUCCAGCAACACAAUCGCCGGAUUCCUUAUCCCGUAGAAUACGAACAUACUUUCUACACUCAUAAGCACCUCCCUGGUUUCAAUCAUCACCACCCGCACCGCAACCGGAGCAAAGCAAAUUACAGGGGAGUCAACUUCAAUUACGGGAAAGGCUUCUACCAUUCGCACAGGUAUAUUCCUACAUACUACAGCUCAAACGACAACUUCAAGUCAAGACGCUAUGACGAAAUUCACACAGGUAAUCGUUUUAACCCACACCCCUAUUCACGUCCGGAACUACUCACGUCAGCCAGUUCCUACUGGAGUCCUAACUAUCACAACAGGGCUAAUUGGGAUUUCCCAGUCCGCCCUGAAGCUCGUCCUAUUCGGGUUCAAGGUUACGUGCACCAGCGCCAGUCAGUCCGGCCACCUCCCACACUACCCCCUAAGAAAUUAGAGAAUUGGAGUUUGGUCAAAUACAGGGGGGGACGACAAUCCAACGACCCUGCCCAGCGAAUCCCGGGAUCCCUACCACCCAUCUCAGAGAACAAAAGGGAAUCUGGUUUUACUAAUCGCUACCUGUGUUUAAGAACCGACGAUGACUUCUGCACAUAAUCUGAGGUCGAUUUGGACUCUCUCAGUCCUAUUGACAAUCAGGUAGUUAGAAGGCACAAAAAUCAUAAGAAACUUGAGCGAGGAAUCGAGACAGCCAGACGAUAUCCAACAGUUUCAGACCACGGUGGACACAGCCGUAGGCCGGAAAACCCUUCGCCACCGUCACCCAUCACUUCGCCAGGCACAACAACUGUCAAGCCUACAACCGACACUCUGUGCGCUGUAGACAAUACCUCGACAAACACAGCCAUUUGCACAUGGGCCGAUCUGCUCAAGGGUCCUAUGGAGAAGACAAACGGCUCAAAUAAUGGCUCCUCUUCGACCACAAAAAUCCAAUCCACUGGACAGGCUGGAACGUCGGUUAAUAUUGAGCGACCAGGUACAUCCGUAAAUGGGAAUUUUGACGGUAAAGGAAAGGUCUUAACGGAUAAAGACCAUUUUGAUACACUUGCACUGCUAAACGCAACGGAAAAAUACUCUUUCUACAUCCUUUAAAUUUGCAAUGAAAAAUGGAGAUUUGGUCUUCUUUCAAAUUAAAAGAUCUCUUAUGCAUAAAAUACACAUCAAAGUCGACCUUGUCCCGCAAAUCAUCCGGUUCAUCUACCAGCUUACAACCCCUGCUCAGAAUAAUUCUGAGAAAAUAAAGAAAUUUGGAGAUCUCACUAUCUCUGUGGAAUUUAACAGAUCGGGCUACAACGUAAAAAUGGCGAAAUUUAAAGGGAGCUUCAUCCGGAUACCCAUGGGACCCCAAAAUUCUAGCCUAUUCAAAUUCCUUAAUAUCUUUUCUAAUUUUGCAGGCAUCCCAAACUCUAUGCCCGAUGAAUCAAUAUUUCUCCAACACAGGUGCGUAUUAGAACCUGAGGAUCACACAUCCAUAUCUAAACUGAUUUUUAAUUAUCAGAUCCAGGCGGCAGGAAAUAAGAAUAAUCAGGUCUUCCACGACAGGAAAAAACCCGAGCUGCCAUUGAUCCAAGCUUUCUCAGAUGCAUCUGAUGAUUUUUACCAUUCAGAUGACUCACUAUUUACCGAUGAUUUCUUGGGACAUGCAACCAAGAGCGAUCGCCGUCCUCCUAUUUCAUACCCGGAAGAAAUUAGGAAAUCAAAAUUCAAUACUGCGAUCUGCUGGAAAACUAAUUUCAUCACCUCAGAAAAUUAUAUGCCGACUGAGAACUUGAACACGCAGCUAAAAAUCUACAGGAAGUCUCAAAAGAAUAAGAGGCGACACAGCAUGCAAACUAGGUCCCAAUCGAGAGAUUUCCCAUGGAAUUAGCCUUCUUCUCCUUUAAUUUAGUACUUUGAUUUAUCUUUUUUUCUCUUUCUUGUACUUCUUUUUUUUUGUUUCCCUUUUUCGCAUUGUACUCUCAAUUUUUCUCAAUAAAAUCUCCCCUUUCCAAAAAAAAAAAAAAAAAAAACUUCCCUACCAUCUCUAUACAUUUAUAGAGGUUUACUAUGUUCACACACAUGUUCGGGAUCAAGGAAAGGUCUUAACGUUGCAAAACGUCAUAAAAACCCCAUGUUGGGCAGCCUGGGUGCCACGCACGGCGUGCGUAGGAGGCACGCACACGUGCGUGGCUUCGGUCUUCCCCCGUGGCUACUGCCAUCCACGCACGGGGGACACACAGAGGUACGCACGGAGUGACGCAUGCGUGCGUCCGGGUACGCACGGCCGUGCGUGGAGCAAUUUAUCUCCGGAAGCCCAUUGCCCCCCACACACGGAGGAACGUACACGUGCGUCCUGCUGUGCGUGGAAUUGUUUUUUCUUCAAAAGCUCACUGUCCCCCAAGCACGGAGGAACGCACGCGUGCGUCCGGCCAUGCGUGGAAAUUGUUUUUGCCCAACCCAGCGAAACCUCCCGGUUCGUCCCCGGGGUGGCCCGUACUCAACCCCCACAGCUUCCACUACCCAUAUAAGCCUAAAAACAUUCAAAAUUUGAUGUAUUACCAGCGACAGAAUCCGGGUUAGCUUGAGCGUCCGCCUCUGUCAUCGCAUAAACUCUAGCUUGAGUUCUCCCUUGGUUCACGUAGGGUGCGUUGAUUGCACUUGCCCCGCCGUGCCCCACGCUUGCAUUUGGUGCCCCACCCCGGCUUCUACUCACCGUGGUUGCACUACUUGGCCCUGGUGACCGGUUCCCACCAAGUUGAGUACAGUUCGGACUUAUGUGCUCCGUAUCUCUGCAUUGGUAGCACCGUGGGGGAUCACAACAUUUGACCCCGAAUUUUGCCCACCCAUGCUGGGAUUCCCCCUCGAUGGUGGUGCGGGUGUCCUGAAGGAUCCUCUUCCCCCAUGGUUUCCCUUUUUGUUAGAACCUUGGGGGCCGUGGUUUUCUCACUUUCUCUUCUUCGCCUCCUCGACUUUUUUCAGCUUCCUUUCCUCCCAUUCUUUUUCUCCCUUCAAGCCUUGCUCAACUACUUGACUGAACGUCCUGUUGGGAAAUUGUGUUGCCCUCUCACGCACGUCCAAGUCCAAGGCAUUCCAGAAAUGGUUCACCAUCCGAUUCUCAUCGCAAAUGUACUCCGGAAUGAAUUCAGCAAGUUUUCUGAACUUGUGCUCUAGUUCUUUCACAGUGCAUUGACCUCCUUGGGUCAAGUUCGUGUACUCCCUCCUCUUCAUGUUUACUUCGAAGUCGGAGUAGUAUUUGUUGGUCCCGGUUAUACUGGACACAGUCUAGAGGGGGGGUGAAUAGACUGUGUUGGUUUUUAGCUUUUUAGACUAAGUACCAGAUUUACAGAAUAGCCUGUUCUAUUGAAAGAACAGACUGGCAGCGGAUGGGGUUCUGGUAGGGAGUUCUGUUAGCCUCAGAGAAGCAAUAGGCAGUAGGCCUUCUGUUAACUCGUAGAACAAGUUCUGCUGAACACAGAUACCAAGUCCAAGGAGUUAUACAGUUCUAACUAAGUGCAAGUAUUAAAAGCAGUAAGUAAACGACACCAGGGAUUUUUAUAGUGGUUCAAGGAACAACUCGUUCCUCUAAUCCACUGUUCCACUAAGCUGUAAAAACUGCCGUUUACAAAGCCUUAGUCCUAGUACUUAAGAAGCACUCCACGUCUUCUUCAAGCCUAGAUGUGUCCUGGGAUGCACUGCCUGGCUUCCUUUAACACUGGUCCUUUCACUGAGUUUCCUUGAAGUAUCACCACUUCACUACUCCAGUUAUUUGGACGUCCUUCUUGUAGUAAGAAGAGUUUCUGUUGAAACUGGGGUUCCUCCAACUAGCUUCGUUACAAAAGAUUUGUAUGUGAUGAGCUUGAAGAGUUGAAGAACACUUGGAACUUUGCUUGUGUUGGAAAGAGUAUUUUUUCCAACUUCUGCCUUCUCUUGUAGAGGAUAAUGAGUUUGAAUCUCAAGGAGGCUUUUUGCUUUUCAGAGUUUGAAUAUCUUGCUUGUGGUUAGCAAAAGUUGCAAUGUAAUCUUGGCAAAGUUAUAGCAAAAGUUAUCCGGUUGUUCUUCGUAGUGUAUCUUUUUAUACUGAGGUUGUCUUCCCGUUGGAGGAGUAGGAGGACAACUGCAUUUAAUGCGCGAUCAGUUGACUUGACUAGUAGAGCCCGAUAAAGUUGGCGGGUUACUAUUUUGGGAUAAAGUAUUCCUGACAUUGCGGCCAAUCAUCUGCAAUUACUCUACGUAGCAUGGGGUGCAUUAAAUGAGCAUUUAAUGCAUGCACUGUAGCUUUUCCGUUUCAUACUCCUAGCCGUUGAAGGAAUCUUUUAGUUGACUUCCCGGUUCUUUGAAAAUCUUCUAAGUGUCAGACCUUCUGGUGUCUUUGUGUGAGAGUAGAACAGAGGAGGCCUGGAGCACUUCUGUUGGGAGUCUCCAACAGAGACCCGGAAGGGUUUUUGUCAGAGUCAAGACUAACAGAGAUCCUGAGGACUUCUGUUCUGGAGCAGAGAACCAAGGGUCCUCUGUUCCAAUAAUGUCUUAAGAGGCACUUCUGCUCUUGAAGUCCUUCUGCUCUUGAAGGUCUUCUGCUCUUGAAGGUCUUCUGUCAAGUCGAAUACAUCUAAGAACUUUACAAAGGAAAAUUCUAAUACAUAAUUUCUAAAGGGGUACUCUAAGAUCCUAAUUAAUCUAGCAUCAUCAAAAUCUAAUUACAAUUAUUCCUUACAAUUUCCCCCUUUUUGAUGAUGCCAAAACCCUUUAACUAUUUCCUGAGAAGUGCCUUCACCAUGAAAAAUAUUAAGUUUAAAACUUCCAUUAAAAUCUUGGUGGGCAACUUGACAUAGGAAAAUAGUAAGAGUACGAUACAUUCAGAUAGCAGAAAAUAACAGAAAUAAACAAACACAAGCAGAAGGCAAAAAAGACAAGAAUUUGAGGAAAAGCACUUCAAAGUAAGAAGGCAGAGAUGUGAUUUUAUUAGAUAGGUUUUACAGAGUUUAAACCUUACACAUUCUCCAGAUUAGCUGCCUGUAUAGCUUCUUCCUCUAGUCUUUGAAGCCUGAGCAGUUCUUCGUUUAUUUCAGCUCUGAUUUUGAACAGAUUGCCAGACCUUUGAUAAGAUGCCCAUAUUGGAGAAAGCUUACAGUCCAAAUAGUUGAGGACACCUUCAUGUAUGGUCUUUCCUGGGACAAUGUUCUUCUUGUACCAUUCUUCUGCUUCUUCAAGUGAUCCUCCAUACCUAACUCUGACAACGCCAUCUUUGUCCAGAUAGAGGUGCUGUUGUUGGGUAGGAGUCAUUUUAGCCUUCAUCUUUUCAAAUUGAGAUCUGUCAAUGUUCUGAGAGCCACCCAAUCUCCACUCAGUGAAGUUGAAAACUUUCUUCUUCUUGGUGCUCUUCUUUAUUGGAGAUGGGGGUCUAGGUAUGCCUGCUGCUCUCUUCUUUUGUAGGGCAGCUUCAAAAUAGGGAGCCGGAUCUACUGCAGGCUCACCAGAGGAGGGUGCUCUGGUAGAAGUUCUGUGAGACCUAGGCCUGGUCUGUUGAGGGUCCUCUUCCCCCUUUUUGGCAUCAUUCAGAUCUUCAAUCAUGAGACUGAUCUUCUGGAAUUCUGAGGCCUGGGUUGAGGCUAUCUGCUCCAGGGCCUCUGGUAGUGUCUGGGUGACAGAGGUAAGGCCUUCAAUCAGACCCUGCUGCUUCUGUAUUGCAGAGAAGAUGUCCUUGUUAUUGGCUUCAAGGAGCACCAUCUUCUUAUGAUGCUCUUGGACAGAUGAAAGAGAUUGGACAGCCUGUUCAUGUUCCAGUUGAGUCAGAGGAGGGGUCUUCUGUCUCUUGGAUGUGGCUUGAUAAGACUUGCUGACCAUGAAUCCAUGUCAGAUGAGUCUUCAUAAGAGGAGUAUAUGGGUAUAGUGUUCCUGAUGACCUUUUUCUUCUUUCUGAAGGAGGGAUUGGGGGCAGUAGAAUGCCUAGAAUUCCCUUGAGGUGCAGAGAUGGGGGAGACAGUUG